AUGGAGUCACGCAGCCAGGAAAACAGUGACCCACUGCACAGCUUAAAACGUGUCCAUGUCAGCGAACUUUAUCUUGCAAGAAGGCAGCUCACAGAUGUUCCAGAUUUGUCCAGAUUCACCCAACUGAGAUACAUCUGGCUUAAUAAUAACAGGAUCAGGCUCAUUCAUGGACCUGUGUUUCACUGCUGUUUAGCAGAGCUGUACCUCCAAAACAAUGAGAUCAGCUCAAUCACAGGGGCUCUGAGGCACUUGAGCUGUCUGCGAGUGCUGCAGCUUCACAAUAACCACCUGUUUAAUCUGGAAGAAACCGUGGCUGAACUGAGAAACAUGCAGCAACUCCAAACACUCAAUUUGUUCCUGAAUCCCUUUACACAAGACCCCCUGUAUUGGGAAUACACAGUCCAUCGCUUGCCAUCUGUUCAAUUAUUAGACAGAAAAGGUCAGUGGAGCUCCAAAACAAAACGCACAAAAUGCCCAUUUGAUGAGAUCAAGGACCUCUGUGAGCGCAGGGCCAUGCAGAGAUCCAUCAUGCAGUUCUCUACUCUGGACUGGAGCAGCGUGAGAAGAGCUCAGCAGCAACCCCUGGAGGAGCAGAGUUCAAUUGCAGCCAAGAUCCUUACUGUCAAAUUCAGAUAA